AUGGCUUCUAUGUGGAAAAGGGGCCCUAUCAAAGUUAAGGGACAGAUCAUACGAUUCCUACGAUGGCGACCAGAGUUUAGUAUUCAUGAAGAUCUAGUUCAGACCAAACUGGUCUGGAUUCGAUACCCAGAGCUACCUAUCGAGUAUUGGCAUGAGAAAAUCCUACUUUCCAUGGGCAAAGCUUCAGGGCACCCUGUAGAGGUUGAUCGCAGAACGCCACAUGGUACCAUGGGGAAUUAUGCUAGGGUGCUGGUGGAAGUGCCAAUGAGCGGUACCAGAGUGGAGGAAAUUCAGGUUGAAAGAAAACAACCGGGCAAGAAUGUUUUAUUUUGGUUCAAACAAAGAAUUAUUUAUGAAGAUGGCAUUGGAAGGUGCACUUUCUGUAAGAAACUGGGUCACCUUGUUGAGCAGUGUAGAUCUAAGAAGAACAAUGAGCGGAAUCCGGCCGAGGAAGAUCGGCGCCCAGGUAGAACUCUUUAG